AUGGAAGCAGCUUCACAAGAAAUCAUCCGUGAUAACCAAGAAGAGGUUAAAGAUGAAAUUGUUCAUGUAGACAUGGUUAUUAAUAAUGAAGAAGUCUUGGAGCCUGAAAUUAAUCAUUCAGAACCAGAUGUCAUUCAAGCAUACAACCUUGAGAGCCGAGAAGAAUCUACUAAGGAUGCUUCUGAAAGCCAAAAUGCAUAUGACAGACUCAUCUAUGGUGUUGGGUUCAUGAUUGUGCCAUCAGAAUAUGCAGAAGAUCUAGCCAAUAAUCCACAAGUUCAAAUGUCUAAUUUUUUCUUAGGGUUUAUCGCUUGUAAACCCCGUUACUUCCGCCUGCGUCAUUACUCCUCUCUUCCACCACCUGCCUCUCCUCCUUACCACUACAAGUCUCCGCCACCACCAUCGCCGCCAGUGCACUACGCACCACCCCAUCAUCCUCACUAUCCUCCCAAGUCACCGCCUAAGCCUCCGGUGUACUCUCCACCAAAGCAUCCUCAUUACCCACCAAAGUCACCACCAUCACCCACACCGCCGGUGUACUCGCCUCCUAAGCAUCCUCAUUAUCCACCAAAGUCACCACCAAAGCCUCCUGUUUACUCCCCUCCUAAGCACCCCUAUUACCCUCCCAAAUCACCACCUAAGCCUCCGGUCUACUCGCCGCCUAAGCAUCCCCAUUAUCCACCAAAGUCACCACCAAAGCCUCCGGUGUACUCCCCUCCUAAGCACCCCCAUUACCCUCCUAAGUCACCACCUAAGCCUCCGGUGUACUCGCCGCCUAAGCAUCCCCAUUAUCCACCAAAAUCUCCACCACCACCACACAAGCCUUACAAGCUUCCUAGUGGUCAUUUCUUUGAGACCCCACCUCCUUCUCCUCCUCGAUCCUCGUUAACGCUACCCUCCUUCUUACGGCUACUAGAUAAUGAGCUUACUUGCCUCCUGGUAACAGUGAAGAGGAAGAAGAAGAGAGACGUCCAAAAUAAAGAAAGGGGUUGUCCAAGGAAAGAACCUUACCAAUAAUGCAUACGAGCAAGAGCAGUAAAGCUACCGAGUCUCCGCGUGUGAUGUGAAUGUUUUUAGUAGUUUUUAUUAUUAAUUAGGAGCAAGUUUCGUCAUCAAUCUUUUCAUUUCCCUGUAUUCGACAGUUGUGGUGCACUUCCUAUGUUCGAUUAAAGAGUUUAUAUAUGUGUAUCCAUGUCGUUUAUUUCAGCUUUUUUCCCAACCGAGACGUACGUGAAUAAUAAAAAUAAAUUAAUUCCAUUUCCCAAA